GUCCGAGCAGCCGCAGAGGUGCAGAGGUGCGGAGUCGACGCUCUUAACUUGACUUCAGCGCGAGCCACCUGCAGAACGGAGCCAGAACACACCUGCGCGCGCGCACAGAAGCGGCCCUGGAACAGCUGGCACAGCUGGACUUUCUCUUCUCUCCCCAACAUUCAGGCGUUUACUUUCAAUUUGUGAGGACGCGAGACAUUAGACCCUGAUUACUGCUCAGAUUUCUCCUGGAUCUCUCGCUCAGCAUGACUACGACCACCUGUACCAGGUUCACCGACGAAUAUCAGCUCUAUGAAGAACUGGGCAAAGGAGCCUUCUCCGUGGUGAGACGGUGUAUGAAAAUCUCCACUGGACAGGAGUAUGCUGCCAAAAUUAUCAACACCAAGAAGCUGUCUGCCAGGGAUCACCAGAAGUUGGAACGUGAAGCUCGCAUUUGCCGUCUUCUUAAACACCCCAACAUCGUGAGACUCCAUGACAGCAUAUCUGAAGAGGGAUUCCACUACCUUGUCUUUGAUUUAGUCACAGGAGGGGAGCUGUUUGAAGAUAUUGUGGCCAGAGAGUACUAUAGUGAAGCUGAUGCCAGUCAUUGCAUACAGCAGAUUCUAGAGAGUGUAAAUCAUUGUCACCUAAGUGGUAUUGUCCAUCGAGACUUGAAGCCUGAGAACCUGCUUUUAGCCAGCAAACUCAAGGGAGCCGCAGUGAAACUGGCCGACUUUGGCUUGGCUAUUGAGGUGCAGGGAGACCAGCAAGCAUGGUUUGGAUUUGCCGGCACUCCUGGUUACUUGUCUCCUGAGGUCUUAAGAAAGGAGCCCUAUGGGAAGCCAGUUGAUAUGUGGGCUUGUGGUGUGAUUCUUUACAUCUUGCUGGUGGGUUAUCCUCCAUUCUGGGAUGAAGAUCAGCACAGACUUUAUCAGCAGAUCAAGGCUGGUGCUUAUGAUUUUCCUUCUCCUGAGUGGGACACGGUGACCCCAGAGGCCAAAGAUCUGAUUAAUAAGAUGCUGACCAUCAACCCUGCCAAACGCAUUACUGCUGCGGAGGCCCUCAAACACCCAUGGAUCUGUCAACGCUCUACAGUGGCCUCUAUGAUGCACAGACAGGAGACUGUGGAAUGCCUGAAGAAGUUUAACGCCAGGAGAAAGCUAAAGGGAGCGAUCCUGACCACCAUGCUCGCCACAAAGACCUUCUCAAAAGGGAACCCAUACAAGAAGCCUGAUAGUGUUAAGAUCAACAACAAAGGCAACGUAGUCACCAGCCCUAAAGAGGCAGUCCCCUCUCCUGCUCUGGAGCCUCAAACUACUGUUAUCCACAAUCCAACUGAUGGAAACAAGGUAGAAUCCUCUGAGAGCGCCAACACUACCAUAGAAGAUGAGGAUGUGAAAGCACGGAAGCAGGAGAUUAUCAAAGUGACCGAGCAGCUGAUUGAGGCCAUCAACAAUGGGGAUUUUGAAGCAUAUACCAAGAUAUGUGAUCCUGGACUGACCUCUUUUGAACCUGAGGCUUUGGGGAACCUGGUGGAGGGAACGGACUUCCACAGGUUCUACUUUGAGAACUCUCUCUCCAAAAGCCACAGACGUGCCGUCCACACCAUCUUGCUGAAUCCUCACGUGCACCUGCUGGGAGAAGAUGCUGCCUGCAUAGCCUACAUCAGACUCACGCAGUACAUCGAUGCUAACAACAUGCCUCGCACCAUGCAGUCAGAGGAGACUCGGGUGUGGCAUCGCCGUGACAGCAAGUGGCAGAACAUUCACUUCCACCGCUCGGGCUCGCCAACCGUGCCCACCAAGUGAGCUUAACAAGGCGUCCAGAGCAGCGGAGCUCGGUCUAAGGGACUUCAUGUUAAAUGGCCACUGAGUGUCUGCUUUAUCCGAACCCCACCUUUACAACUUUAAAGUCAGUCUUGCCCUGUCAGUCUUGUUUACAUAUCAUCACUGCUGGACUUUAGCUUACACACAGGUGGGGAAUUAAUAUCAUUUUGUAUUAGGACAUGUGUGUAUGCUUCUCAUAAAUCAUUGAUGUUGAAAACCUCUAAAAUUUUAUACUUUUUUUUCCUUUUUUUUUUUUUUUUUUACAUUUAAUGUUGUUUUCUAUGGUGUGAAAGUCGCACUUGCUGAUAUAUCUUUGGGUGUGUGGGUACAUCAUGAAAUGAAAUGUUUGAUCUCUGUACACAAAGUCAAAUCCGGGUACACGUGUGAAACGGUCAUGUUAGAGUGAUGUUAGUAAUCUAGGCACAAUAUCCAUCACUGAUCACGAGGAAUACUAUUAGCAUCGAGUCACUGCCACGUCAGUCUUGUUACAGUGCUAUUCUAUUUUAAGUGCAAUAUGGCAAAAGAAAUCUGACAAACGAGCACGCUUUUGAUUUUUUCGGUGAUGUUUUUGUGAAGUCGUGUGAAGUGCUGUUCCUGCUUCUGCUUCUUUAAGAGAAUCAACAGUUGAUUGUGAUCUUAGUUCUGUGAGCUUUAUCUUCUAAGUUGCUAUCGUGUAAUGGUUUUAGCACAGUGAUGUAUAAAACCGAGAAAGGAAGCACAUUAGCCUACAGUUCACUAUUUUAUUCAGAUGUUUUCAACUUCAUCACAUGAACACCAUAGGGGGAAAAAUCUACUAAAGAAUGUACUUAAACCAAUCAACACGAAGAACCGUUGAAUCAAACUGUUUGAUUUCAUUUACUUGUUGUGAGAGUUUUAUGGUUCUGUUUUAAUUUUUAUAUAUCGUUUACUAACACUUGAUGGGGGUAUUCUGGAAAAAAAAAUUUGUUUUCUGUAUUUUUCACUCCUUUCCUAAAUGAAUAGCGUUAGCUGACAUUACGUAAUGCAUGGAACAUCUUUUAUCAACCCAUUUUACUUUUUAUGUACUACUUUUCCCCUCAGUAUAAUAUAAAUAUUAAUAUAUAUAUAUGCUCUAGUGAUGGCUCCCUGCUUAAGGGUGAUGUAGAAUAAAUGGUUUAUGCUUUAUAUCCCAGACUGUCCAUUUAAACAGAAUGAGAGAUGAGUAGUUAGUACAGUAAAAAAGUCAUUUCAGAAUUAUUUAUAUUUACAAAAUUUAUUACUAUUAUCAGUACAAAGUUCAAAAUAGAGCAAAUAAAUAUAUAAUUUGUAAGGGGAAACAUUUCACAGAAUAAAAUAAAAAUAAAUUAUAUGCAGCAGAGGUAAUAUGAUUAUUUAGUAAGUAUUUGUUUUAAAUAACGCUUGGAUUUGUUUACUCUUAAUUAUUUUGUAAAAAACUGAAUUUGAGACUUAUGUUCAAUGUUAAAUUUCAAUUCAGUGUCCGAAAUGCUAUCAGUGCUUUAAGUCAUAAAGGAAAUCAGUUGUUAUCAUCUUGUGUUUUAUCUGCUUAUUUUUUUAUUUGUCAUUUUUAAAACUUUUUUUUUUAAUUCUAAUUCAGUUUUCUUUGAGCUUUUUUUGCUGUAACUAGAAGAAAAUCUUUGGUCACACAAGCCUGUACACUAAACCGAAGUACAAAUAUUUAAGCAGUUAAAAAGGACUUAAUAAAGCAAGUAAAUAAACUGUGAAAACAUG